AUGGGUAAAAUAAAGCGUGUGGUUGGGUUAACAAUAAAUGAAAAACUCCAAAUUAUUACGGCUGUUAAUGAUAAAAUUGAUAAAAAGGUUCUAUGCACUAAAUACAGUUGUGACAGAUCAACAAUAAAUCGCAUAGUUAAAAACCAAGCCGAAAUUCAAAAGUCUGCCUCAUCGUCCCAGUUAAAGCGUAAGCGCCAACAAAAAGGUGCACACGAUUUGGUAGAGGAGGCAUUGUAUAAAUGGUUUCAACAACAAGAAUCAAUAAGCGUAAUACUGGAUCGGCAUGUAAUUUUGGCGAAGGCAAAGGAGUUUUGCGUAAAGUUUGGUGACGCCUUUAAGCCUGAUGCAAAUUUUUUAUGGCGCUGGCGUAAGCGGCACAAUAUUAAACAUGGUAAAAUUCAUGCCGAAACUGCAUCAAAUGAUUCCGUAGCAGCAACUGAAUAUGUUCGUGACGUAUUACCCGGCAUAAUUAAAGACUACGAUCCAACCAAUAUUUUUAACGCAGACGAAACUGGCUUAUUUUAUAAAGCCAUGCCUAAUGCGACCUUCUAUACCAGUGGAACGCAGUUAACUGGGCAAAAAUCUCAGAAGGUGAGGCUUACACUAUUGUUUAUAUGCAAUGCAGUCGGGACUUACAAAAAGGCCUUUGUAAUAGGCAGAUCAAAAGCACCACGUUGCUUUAAGAACGCCCAUGUGCCACUGCCAUAUUAUGCUAACAAAAAAGCAUGGAUGACUAGUGAGCUCUGGAAAGAAAUAGUCCACGAACUAGAUGCAGAUAUGAAGAAGCAAAAACGGAAGAUUUUGUUGUUUAUUGAUAAUGCCACAAGCCACAAUAUUUUAGAAGGGUGUGAAAACAUUAAAUGCAGCUUUUUACCACCAAAUACAACGGCUUCAGCUCAAUCACUAGAUCAAGGCAUUAUAUACUGCUUCAAAUUGGAGUAUAGACGCAUAUUGGUAAAACAACAGCUAAUUGCCGUAAAUUCUGGAAUAUCAACAACUGAAUUUUUAAAAACAAUUUCAUUGUUGGACGUUCUACAUUUUGUAAACGAUGGGUGGAAGAACGUAACGCAAUUAACUAUUCGCAAUUGUUUUAAAAAGGCUGGAUUUAAUCUGUACCUCAAUGGCGAAGGAACUACUGAUGACAACGAGGAAGAGUCCGAUGAGAUAGAAUAUGGACAACGUAUUGAUUGGAAUGAAUAUGCAGCAAUAGAUAAAGAUAUAUGUACCUUGUCAUGCAAUGGAGAGCUUGUCAGUGAUGACGAUGCCGACGAUGAACCCGAACGCAAUACUCUGAAUAAAGAUUUUUUCGCCAUUAAGGUGCUGAAGCGUAUUUGCAUUCAAAAUAAUUGCGAAGAAUUUUUGCCAAACCUUACAUCUUUGGAGGAUAUAUUUUUUAAUUUAUCUAUAAAAGCGGCUCCAGUGCAAACAAAAAUUACAACUUUCUUUAAAAAGAACUAA